AUGGCAAAAGGUAUCAGGGGAAGACGCAGAAUUGCUUCACGAAAGUACAGGUCAAUGCCAUAUCCCUUGCCGGCUUCUAGUAGAACAGAGGUAAUGCAGCAAAAGAAGUGCUCAAAAAAAUUCGAGAAGAAAGACUGGGAAGAUGCAACUUGUUCGGUGUGCAUGGAGUGUCCCCACAAUGCUGUUCUUCUCUUGUGUUCUUCACAUGACAAAGGUUGCCGACCUUACAUGUGUGGGACCAGCUUCCGCUAUUCCAACUGCCUUGACCAGUACCAGAAGGCCUAUACAAAAGUAACCUCGUCAGAAAACCAUCCACCUACUCGUGUUUCACUUAACAGUCAAGCUAGGGGCCAAUUUUCUAGUUGGCCUGUUGAGAAUUGUGAGGUACUAAAGAUUGCAUGUCCCCUUUGUCGGGGACAGGUGAAGGGCUGGACUGUUGUGGAGCCUGCACGAGUAUAUCUCAAUGCUAAGAAACGAAGCUGCACACAGGAUAACUGCUCAUUUGUUGGAACAUUCAAGGAGCUGCGGAAACAUGUGAGGGCAGAGCACCCUUCUGCUAGGCCACGGGAAGUGGAUCCUGUUCUAGAACAAAAGUGGAGAAGUCUGGAGCGUGAGCGGGAGACAGACGAUGUAAUGAGCACAAUAAGGUCAUCAAUGCCAGGAGCAGUGUUUUUCGGGGAUUACGUAAUUGAAGGAAGUCACUAUGGUUUUGAUUCUGAUGAAGAGGAUUUUGAUGCAGAUGCUAUGGAGCCGAAUGAGGGGUUUGAAGCAGGAAUUGAUCGCAAUUUGAUGAACGUCUUUCUCUUUUUGCAGGCAUUUGGUUCUGCAGGGACGCACAGAGGUAUGAGACGACAUGAGAGAGACUCCAACCAUGCACUGGAUAGAGAUCACUCUCGUCAACGUAGUGAUAGGGACGAGGACGACGACCACGGUGGUACAUCUCUGGCUAGCCGUCUACGUCGUCAAGGUAGAAUUGUUUUGGGGAGUUCUAGGAGGAGGAGAAGGCAUGGAGAGGCUCAUGGAGGCCCGAGAUAG